UUUCGGCGUUUUCAAAUAACUUUUUGAAAUAAAGUUUCCGUAUCUUACUAGGUUGGUUGUUUUGUUCCAAUAGCCAUACAGUAGUUUGUUAGGUUACUUCCGGCCGUGUUGCUGCUUUAUUAGACUAAUGCUGGUGUUUAAAGCGUGACGCGUCGCCGCCCCCCGCUUGCACUGCUGAGUGAGGUGAGCUCGUGCUGUUGCAUUAUUUUGAUCGCGAGGUUAAUCAGUCGGGCGGCUUUCUGUCUCUCUCUCUCGCCUCACUCAAAGCACAGAGGAGGCAAGAAAGGCAUGGGCUGUCACAAUAGCAAAGUGUGUGUCCACGUCCGCCGUAAAAAGAAAAAACAAGCAAAGAAUGAAACCCCUCUAAAGGAAAUCAGCAGCGCACAUGAUGGAAGUGGAAAAUCCCCAUCUGAGGAGAAGGACUCUGGUCCAGAGUCACAGCUGGAAAAGUAUGAGUGGCAGCUGAAAAUCUUGGAUGAGGUCCUAGCAGCUUCAGGAAGCGAAGAGCGAGACCAACUUCUGAAGGCUCAUCAGCACGGGGACCUCUGUGUGCUAGUGCACACGAUCACUGAGAUGGUGAAGUCUGAGACAGCUGCUGAACUCGGUGCUGUUCAUGAGAACCAGAUGAAGAGUUCUACAGAACAGCACCAGAGAGAAGUGGAAGAGAUGAAAAACCUCCACAGUGAAGAGAAGAAUACUUUGCAGGAAACACACAUAACAGUUGAAAGUGCUCUAAAGGAGCAGAUUGAGCAACUGACCGCAGACCUGAAGCUGUUCACAGAGAUAAAGCAGCGAGUAAAAGAGUCCAUGCUGAAAAGAGACCUUCAAAGAAACAUACAAACUCAUGGCAGCCCGGGUGAAUUCUGGGAGCAGGAACAGGAGAGUCUGCUAAUUGUCAUAGAGAUGAAGAGCGAGCGUUUACUCGAGCAGGGAAACAAGCUGCGGCAGAUGGAGGCCCUGGUUGAAAAGAAUCUGGCAUUGGAAGACCAGGUCCUUCAGGUUCUACAGCAGAAUGAGGAUCUCAGAGUUCGGAUAGACAACUAUCAAACACUAAUACACCAACUUUCAAAGGAGCAGAAUGAGCUGCAGGAGGCGCUGGAGAAGCAAACAUUGCAGAGGCAAAAACUUGUUCAGGAGAAAGAGGAGUUGCUCUUUAAACUCCUCCAUAGACGGGACUCCUGUUCAUCUUUUCACAUACCUGCCGUAGUGCCUGCUGAAGUUUCCCCAAGCUGACCUGGUCUCAGCUCCACCAUCUCACACACUGGACUCCACUCACCACAACCUUCUGUGUUUAAACUCCAGAGUUAAGCAACCCGUGCCUCUCAGUUUUAGCUUGCUGCUGGUUUCUUUCCAAAUAACUGUUUUAAGGAAACUGUGGUUUUUAUGCCAUAUUGAAAGUGACUUAUUAUGUGAGUUUUGCAUAUACUCAACCAACAUGUUACAGUUGAAAUCAGUCUGACAGAUUUUUCUUUGUAUUUUAGUUUGUUUUUUUAUAUAUUUUUUUUUUUAUCUUAGUACCAGUAAUAUGUUUCAUUUUGGAAUAACAGUGGAUCAAUAUACAUUUAUAAUGCACAUGUGUUGUUAUUGUACAUCUGCAGUUUUCUGAGGAAAUUUCAAAUAUUCCAUUUUCCCCAACACACCUGAUUCAACCCAUGAAGAGUUUGGUAAUGAUUAGUUGGAUGAGGUGUGUUGGUAGUAAAAACUCCAUUGAGCAAGGCAGAGGAUUAUGAGGCACUGGAGUGAGAACCUAUGCUUUGUUGAUAUGUUACUGGAAAAUAUACACCACAAUGUUAUGGUUAUACUUAGCAUAAUUUACCGGUUAUUCCAGGAAACUGACGACAGAUAAUGCUUUCUUGGGGGUUUUUUUUCUCCCCCAGUGGUUCUUUUAUGCCUUACAAAAGCCAAAGCACUUGUAAGUGUAUUUUAAAGCAAUAGGAUUUUUUUUUUUGCUUUUUAGAUGCACUGGCACUUUUGCAACAGUAUUCAUGUAUAUGUAUGUAUUUGUUUAAGGACAACUGUGGGCUUUUGUAAGUUGUUGGCACAUAUAAGACCAGUUUGUUUGCAUGCUUAGACUUGGAAGUUCAUUACUGUAAAUUCUGAGUGCAUUGAUCUUUUAUUAAUUGAACUAGCAAGUCACUGUUGUUUUGAGUCUUUUAGCGAUUAGACUGUCAGCUAGGAGAAAAUCUAACUUUACAACAUGUGCAGAGCGGUGUUGGGCAGAUGCUACAGGACCACUGCCUUUUAGAUUCGCAUUUAGAUCUUGCUCAGAAUGAAGGUGUGUAUGUUGUUCACUCGUUUUCUUCUUUGUGGCCCAUUUUCAUGUUCUGUUGUAUGUUUACCUCUGAACAAGUGCCUUUUUUGCUAGGGCUUCACAAAGAACAGCUCAAUAAAAGUUGCAUCUGA